GGCGCUUCCUGCGGGAGGAGGAAGCGGCUCCGGGGCCAUGGAGCUGCCCCCGAGCCACUUCCCGGCCGCCCGGGCCGCGGCCGUGGCCGUGGGGUACCUGCGGUACCUGCGGGGCGGCCCCGGGCGGAGGCUGGAGCUGCGGGAGGUGCGCCGCGCCCGGCGCCAGGACAUUGAUGAUGUUGGGCACAAGUAUUACCUGGAACUGGAGCUGGAAGAUGUCCUGGACAAAGACAGGACUGUGAGCUGCACUGCUGAGGUUCUGUAUCACCUGGGCAGCAAAACCUCUGCUCCAGAUGUGCAGGUCACAGUGCAAGGAGAGCUCAGGAGCACAGAGGAAGCAGAUGAGGAGUUCUACAAUCGGAUCAGGAGCCUGGAAAAGGAGCUUGUGGCUGAGAAUAUCCCAGACAGCCAUGGGAACAUUCCCCCAGAGCUGGAGCCCAUCCACCUGCUGGCCUGGGUGGCCUCUGGCUACGUGAUCUGGCAGAAUUCCACUGAAAACACCAUGCUCCACCUUGCCCAAGUUAAACACGUGAAGCAAGUGAAAAGAAGUGAUGAAGAUCUUCAGUUUGACUAUGUGGUUCUACUCCACGAAAUGGUGUCCCAGGCAAAAUUUCCUUUUUGAAGCCUUCAGAUUGGAACCACUGGAGAGAAAGAACCUUCAAAAGCUGACUUAAAAUUUCACCUUGUCCCUAAGCAGCUGGAAGGGAUAGGGAGGAGGAAGAGGAGAUGGGAAAAGCAGGCAGAAGCAAGAAUCCAUGGAAUGUGCUUCCCAAAUUACCUGGGCAUAGAUUUCCAGGUGCAGCUCCCCCAUCCCAGAGACAAUGGUCUCCUUGCUCUCCUCAUCAAAGUGGAUCCUGAAGGUGGGAUCUUCCCUGGUGAAGCGGCCCAGGCCUUUGGAAAAUUUAUCCAGGUCAUUCUGAAACACAAGCCAAGAUUUACUCCACAUCCAUGAGUGAUUCCAAGAAAAAAGCCUCAAGUUUUCCCAUCCACUCCUGAGCAUUUCUGUUCUUUGGGGAUAUUUUAUGGAAGAUCUGUAACUCUUGAUUGAAGUGUUAAUUAUUUAUUUCAA